UCAGCAGAAUUGACAUAAAGUGAAGCACGGCACACAGUCGGUUAUAACAUCGACCGAAGGGACAGUGGAUCGUGGUGAAAGUGACAAUUAACAAAAGUGAAUUGGACUUGCCGGUUAUGAACCCAUGGUGGGAUCUACCGCGUCUGACUUGUUUUCAGGAGAUCGGCCUGCGCAGUUUCUUUCGGACUGUUCUGCCUCGUGGACGAUAGCUUCGAAUUCAGUCCUCCUGCUAUCGAGUUUCAUUUAAUUAUAGUCACGUAGGUAGGAGGUCACUCGGGAUGAGCCUGACUAUGAGAAACAUAGCGAUUAGCAUCCUCGUGGUGGCUUCUUCGGCAUUUUUCGCGUAUAGUUUCCCCGAUGGAGCACCGGUGGACACUUGCGUGAAACCAGGUCGUGCUAACGAGCCGAAUCACGGUCAAGCAAGGUCGCAGCCCCCAGAAAAGAGCCCCUAUAAGUUCACGGCUUCGUCGUCUCACUAUGGUCCUGGAUCCCAGAUAACUGUGACAAUCAGCGGCUCGAGGUUCAAGGGAUUCUUCCUUCAGGCACGUGAUCCCGAUACGGAUAGUUGGAUCGGUUCCUGGGCCCAAACGGAGAACACGACUACCCAUCCUGAAUGCAGCGCGGUGACACACGCUGAUCCAAAUUCGAAACUGUUUGCGACGCUUAUUUGGAAUGCACCACCGAACUCACGCGGCCGCGUCUAUUUUACUGGCACCAUCCUGAAGGAGUACGCGACCUAUUGGUCGGGAUUAGUGGCUGAUGUUCAUCAGCGAUAGUUUCGUAAGCAUUGCAGCGAUAUUUGCUAGCGAACGGAACUUUGGAAUAACGUUAACAACCGCACCUUUGCGUUUGAGAUUUUAAUUCCAAGGAUAUUGUGAUUCCACGCAACGAAGCCGUGACGGGAACAGUGAAAGGUACCGACGAAGCGUAAACAUGCUGUACAUUCCAUUCAAUCGCUCAUUCUUUUAUAACGCUGUACGAUUUUAAAUAUAUAAAACGUAAUCAAUAAAUCGAAUACUUCCU